AUGGCUGCACCCGCUCGUGAGGCCGCCGGGCACCAUCUGGUUCUCGUCAGGACUCCCCAGGGCUUGCUCGAACAGGACCCGUACCGGUCAGCGCUCGACUCGCUCGACACGACCUCCGCUUUCACUCUCCACCACCUGCCAGUCCUCUCGACCUCGUUUUGCAACCGGGAUGAACUGGUCGAGGCUGCUCGGAGGGUACAUCAGGAGGGCAGAGAAGCGUACGACGGGGUCAUCAUGACGAGCGCGCGGUCAGUCGAGGCGUGGUCGGCCGCUCAAACGACUCUCGCCUCUUCAACGUCUUCUUCCGCCCUCCGUGCGCCUUCUAUCCCUUUCUUCGUCGUCGGCAACCCAACAAGAACGAACCUCGCGCGCGUUCCCGUCCCCCCUCCGCCAGAACUUGUCUUGGGCGCCGAAGAAUCGGGCACGGGCAAGAAACUCGCAUCUUUCAUCCUCCGGCACUUUGCAUCUUCUCCCGAACCGCCAAGCUCUCCUCGACGACGACGACGGCUAUUGUACCUGACGGGCGACAAGAAUCGGGACACGGUACCGCGCAUACUGGAGGAAGGCGGCGUGGAGCCGGAGACUCUGCAAGUCUACGCGACGACGAGGGCGCCAGGCUUCGGAGCGGACCUCGAGCGGAUUUUGAACGUCGUCGUGGAUGGACGCGGCUUGGUCUGGAUGGUCCUCUUCUCGCCGUCGGGAUCGAAGGAAUGCCUCGCGGAGUUGCGACAACGAGGACUCGUCGCAUCCAUCGUCGCUUCGACCCCCGCUUCGCACACCCUCGCCACUCGACUACGUUUUGCGGCCAUCGGACCAAUCACUCAGCAGUUCCUCGAGGAGGAGCGGGUACCGGUCCACGCCGUCGCGGACAAGCCGGAGCCUGAGGCAUUGGUGCGGGCCAUCCUGGAGGCGACGGAAGCGGAGGAGCGAAGCAGACAGCACGAGUGA